AUGGAAGUUGUUAAAGAUGACAUCACAAGCGCAGUGGGAAACCUGCAAGUAUGCGAGGCUGCAAUACACACAAUGAGGAAGAUCUUCGAUGAGCCAGAUUGCGAUGCAGUGCUCAUGGUAGAUGCAUCAAUUGCAUUCAAUAACUUCAAUAGAAAGGUCACGCUCCACAGCACAAGGAUAAAAUGCCCCAACUUUGCUAGGUACAUAGAGAACCUCUAUUCACAACCCGCCAAACAAUUCGUUAGUGACAGGGAAACCGGAAGAUGCGAAAUAAUAGAGUCCGCAGAAGGCACCACCCAAGGUGACCCCAUUGCCAUGGCAAUGUAUGCCAUUGGCCUUCUAAAAUUACAAGAUCCCAUCAGCCACGAGAAGACGCAAGUAAAGCAGGUUGCCUACGCUGAUGACAUAACAGGUGCCGGAAAAAUUGAGGACAUAAAGAGAUGGUGGGACGAGAUUGUACUCUAUGGGCCAAUGCAAGGCUAUUAUCCUAAUGCCCAAAAAACUGUGCUGAUUGUAAAGCCCCAAAAACUUGACCUUGCCAAGGAAAAAUUUAAAAACACCGACAUAAUAAUAAAAACAGGUGGAGAGAAACAUCUAGGGGCAAUACUUGGCCCGAUACACAACAGAGAAAAAUUUAUAAAGGACAGGGUCGAGGAGUGGGUAAAUGAGAUCCGUAGGCUGGCUAAAAUAGCUACCAUCGAACCACACGCCGCCUACACCGCCCUCACAUUUGGAAUCAGGCACAGGUGGAACUACCUCAUGAGGACAGUGCCAGGCAUUGGACAUCUCCUCGAACCCCUCGAACAAACAAUCAAGAGGGAACUAUUACCGGCUCUAAUAGGAGGAUGCAACCCAACGGACGUAGAAUGGUCCAUAUUUGAAUUGCCGCCCAGAAAAGGAGGCUUGUGGAUUCCAAACCCCUGUAAGCUGGCUGAUAUAGAGUAUGAAAACUCCAUCAAACUUACUGCAAAGGAUACCAAGAGGAGACUCCAGAUGACACAGGAAGUGGGAGCAUCGAAUUGGCUCACCACCUUGCCUAUAAGAGUGAAGGGAUUCAGCCUAAACAGACAAGAUUUUAUCGACGCCCUCGCUCUAAGGUAUGGCUGGCCCAUGGAUGGUCUCCCUCAGCACUGUGCCUGCGGAUCUCCCUUCGACUCAAACCAUGCCAUGAUCUGUAAGAUAGGUGGUUUUGUGGUCAUACGGCAUGACGAAGUGAGAGACCUCACUGCUCAGAUGCUGAGAGAGGUUUGUCAUGACAUCAGAGUAGAGCCGGAACUACUUUCGACUGGAGGACGAAAUUUCGAUCUGAGGUCAACAAACACGACAGAAGACGCUCGCCUUGAUGUCAGCGCUAGAGGCUUCUGGGCAAGAGGACAGAGAGCCUUUUUUGACGUCAGGAUAUUCAACCCAUGGCCCCCAGUAAUAGGGGCCAGCAGCAGAAAGCGGCCUCAGACAUGA